UUCGAAAAAUCAGAGCUUCGAUUUUCACACCGCAAGCAACCAUGCUGAAGCAAAUCUCUCAAUCGUUCCUUCGUCCCACAGCUCGAUGUGUGUCAGCGUCCUCAAGGGUUCGAUUCAUGAGCGCCAGUCCCUGGGCCGACUAUGAAAUGGCACCCUUUGACCCCAUUAUCGGCCUGAACGAGGAGUACAGCAAAGAUGACUUUCCACAAAAAGUAAUCGUUGGAGUUGGUGCCUACCGCGACGGAAACGGAAAGCCUUAUGUGCUUCCCUGUGUCCGGGAAGCAGAGAAGAAGAUGAUGGAGCAGAACCUCGACAUGGAGUAUUCAGGUAUCGCUGGAGAUGCCAAGUUCGUGGAAUUAGCACUCAAGUUUGGAUACGGCAAAGACUCGAAACCUCUAGGAGAGAACCGCAUUCAAGGUGUGCAGGCACUUUCUGGUACAGGCGGCCUCCGCGUUAUGGGGGAGCUCCUGCGUAAACACGGCCACACCCAUAUUUAUGUGCCGAAUCCAACGUGGGGCAAUCACAUUCCCAUUUUCGUCAACUCUGGAUUGGAAGUUCGUAAAUACAGGUACUAUGAUGCCAAGAACUCGGACCUCGACUUUGACGGUAUGAUUACCGACAUCAAGGAAAUGCCGACGGGGAGCACUGUACUACUGCAUGCCUGCGCACACAACCCAACCGGUAUGGACCCUACUUUGGAACAAUGGAAAGAGCUCAGUGAUAUAAUCAAAACGAAAAAGCUUCUGCCAUUCUUUGAUUGUGCAUACCAAGGGUUUGCUUCUGGAGAUGCCAACAUCGACGCUGCAUCAGUCCGGAUGUUUGUCGAAGACGGACACCUUUUAGCAAUGGUCCAGUCGUUUUCCAAGAACUUUGGUUUGUAUGGUCAUCGAGUCGGUACGCUAUCAGUUGUUGGCGAGUCCGAAGCGGAAGCCAAGCGUGUGCAAUCUCAGCUCAAAACCGUAAUCCGGCCCAUGUACUCCAACCCUCCGCGUCAUGGUGCACGUAUCGUUUCAACUAUCUUGUCGGACCCCAAGCUUACCCAAGACUUCCUGAUUCAAUGCAAGGAAAUGGCAGACCGAAUUCAUACCAUGCGUGGAUUGCUUCGCAGUAACUUGGAGCAGGCUGGCUCGACACACAAUUGGGAGCACAUUACUCGACAGAUCGGUAUGUUUGCCUACAGUGGCCUUUCGAAAGACCAGGUAUUGGAGAUGCGUCACAAGCACCAUGUCUACUGUACUGCGGACGGUCGAAUUUCCAUGGCGGGUGUAACUUCUGGAAAUGUGGACUACAUUGCGCAAGCCAUUCAUGCCGUUUCCAAGUAA